UUCUUCGCGACAAGACGGGCUAAAUUAUGCUGCCAAAUUUUGUAUUGAAGAGAACUCGAAUAUUAGCAAGUCUCCCGCGGUAGAUUUCUGAUAUCACAUGUGAUUCGCCGGCGCAAUGGGUAAAAAUCCAAGUCAAGAAAUGUCACGGCAGCCUUUGUCAGUGGUCAGAUUCCCCCUGCACUCGAGCACAGUCAGUCAGUCAGUCAUCGAGGAUACUGAUGAGUUGUUAAACAAAGCGGGGUCUCCCUGCAAGCCAACAACCUUCACUGCCUGUCUGCAGACAGCCUUGCCGCCAAUAUGAGGCAUGAUCUUUGGGGAUUGAAGGAUCUAGGUAUUUCCCUCAAGGACUUUAAAAAGUACCUAUAGGCAAGGACGCGGCACAAGCGUUUAUCGACAUUUGUUGGCUGCACCUGCGACAAAGCUUUUGCAUUGCAAUCACAGUGACAAAGAUGGAGGAACACGAAGACAACUUGGAAGGAUUUGUUGUCCCUCACAGAUAUGUGGAUUCACUGCUGCUUCAACAGUUCGAAAUAGCAAGGGCGAGUGGUCUCACCCUUGCUGCCGCCAACACUGAUGAGGCCAGCAUGGGCAGGAUGCUGGAUCAAGCUCAGGUCUCUGCUUGGGCAAAACUGAAAGCCGAUCAAUACAAGAAGCCGGAUGUCUCCCAAGCUACCACCCGGAAUCAGUAUAAACCCCUGACAAACCCGUACGAGAUUCGAGUUCUGGAGCUAGAGCCAGGCUCCCCCAAAGACCACCUAAAGUGCAAGCUCCACCAUUGUACCAUCGAGUUUGAACACACGGGCACCACCUAUACGCAGUUCGCCCUUUCCACCGACAAUCUGACCAAACCUACAUGGUAUACGGCCCUGAGCUACAGAUGGGGUGAUCCGCAGCCAGUCAGGCACAUUACCGUGGAUGGAUAUGAAAUGGAAAUAACCGUGCCUCUUUUUGACGCCUUGAACCAUUUUCGCAACUCAACUCACUCGAUCGUGAUGUGGAUCGACCAAAUCUGCAUAAACCAGGAGGACAAGGACGAAAAGAGUCGCCAGAUUCCACUCAUGGGUCGAGUGUACCAACACGCCAUCAACACUUUGGUGUGGCUGGGAACUUCGGACGCGGUCACUGGUCAGCUUUUCGGCCUCCUGAACCAUGCUGCAACGGAGCUGAUACUUGACUUUUCCCAGCUUCAGAUCCCGGAUGGUCUGCAGCAGAGGGGCUUUCCUUCCGCAAAUGACAAAAUCUGGGACGACCUAUGGGACCUUCUAGAUAGGCCUUGGUUCUCCAGACUUUGGAUCAUCCAGGAAGUAGCACUUUCCAGGAACGCUUGGGUGGUUUGUGGAGGUCACUCGAUGUCUUGGUCUAUGCUCGAGACGGCCUGUGCAAACCUGAGCGCUGCAGGAGUCUCACAGUGGUUACAAGAGAAGGCUCCCAAGGAAGGAUCCACGGACCAUUGCCAAAGGGUCGUGAAGCUAGGCACGUUUGGCCAAGAGCAGAGCAUGAAUCUGUUGAACAGGGCACGCGAAAGCAACUGCUGGGAUCAACGCGACAAGGUCUAUGGGCUUCUCGGCAUCAUCAGGGCUUCGUGGGUGAGAGUCGACUACAACAGGACCUACACGGUCGGGAGGUUAUAUCGCGACGUUGCCGCACAAGCAUUGCAGAGACACGAGCUUAUUCUUGCCAGUGCUUUGCAAUCGGUUGAUCACGACUAUAACGAGACCUUGAGGCCGGUGACAGAUUGCGAGCAUUUUGCAAGAGGAGUUUUACCUUCUUGGGUCGCCGACUGGAGCCAACCUAGACAAACGGCACCGUUGUCAGAUCGGACGGGCGUCUAUGGAAACCCGAAAGCUGUUGGGAGUAACUCUAUCCUUCAGAGACAAAUAUCCAUCCAUGAGGAUGAGCUUCAUGUCAAGGGAAGACUCUUUGAUACCGUGGUCGAAAUGACUGAAGUGAUGCGCAAGCCAGACAUCAGUUACAAUGACCCUCAGACCUCAAACAAAGAAGUCCUCGUCAGGUGCGCUGAGGUAGCGGCAAAAAGCACAUCAUAUCCUGGGGAAAGCUCCGUGAGUAUCUUCGAAGCGUUCUGGCGAACCCUCGUCGUGAACAAAGACGCAGAUAACAGGCAGCGUGCGCCAUCUUCCUUUGAAGAGAUAUUCAGCCUCCUUCUGGACGAGUCUACUGGUCAACACCCGUCACUCUCGGGACAGAAGUAUUCGAAAAGGCAGCUUCAACCCCCAGGCAAGGGCCGGUUGGAGCUUUCCAACCUUUCAAGCAGACGACCCGGCGCUGCGUUUCAGGAGCUCAAAACAGCACUGCGGCGAGCUCUCAGGAACAGGCGCUUCGCCGUCACGAAGAAAGGGUACUUUGGGCUGGUGCCAUACUGGACAAAGCAGGGGGACGAGGUAUGCAUGCUCAACGGGUGUGACGUACCUUAUGUCAUUCGUCGGGUAGGGCAUGAGGGCAGCGGCCAGGGGGUGGCAGAUUCAUAUCGCUUUCACUUCUUGGGCGAAUGCUACAUCCACGGCAUGAUGAACGAGGAGGUUUUGGAGAUGAAAGAAUUGGAAUUGCGGGAGCUGGUGCUCAUCUGAUGCGGAAGGGAAGUCUCGGUUGCGGACUACGGCGUAAGAUCAAAACAAGGCAUACUGUGGUUGUUAUAUGUUUUUUGCUGCGUUGACUUUGCUUCGUUGAUACAUUUCCGGUUCUUUACGUUUUGGCGAAAACAACACAAGACCAGUUUUUACAAUACAAUUGACAACCUGUGCAGAGAACUGUAAAAGUAGGCGGCCAUAUGGUAGAUAAUAGGUAUUCAAGACUGGAGCCAAACAGUUGUGAACUGGAUGUACAACUCGAAGGUCGCAAAAUUGAUUUUAUUAAAGAAAUUCAGAUGUUGAAAAUCCAGUCCAAAUGGGCGAGGG